AUGGCGCCCUCGGCCGUAGCACCGACUAACCAAAGUUGGUCAGUCGAAUAUGAUACUGUUCGACGUGAAAAGCUGUUUCGCGAUCCUCCGAAGGACCGCAGUGCCUAUCCAGCUUUGCAAGAGGCUUUGCAACCUCAUAUUGAAUCUUUCAACCGUCUGAUGGAACCUGGAGGGCUUUUGGAACAAGGAAUUAAGGACAUCGGCACCAAAGUUUUCUUGGAUGCGGACCCAUCCAAGACGGAAGCCGGAGCACCCUCACCAAAUCGACUUUCUGUGAGAGUGAGCGAAGUCUUUCUGGAAAAGGCCGCCAUUCCUCCUUCGAACAAGCACUCGACCCGGAACAGAGAAAUUUACCCAUCGGAAUGCCGUGAGCGACAUGCUACCUAUCGAGGAAAACUAAGAGCGCGAGUUCAGUAUCGGGUGAACAAUGGAGACUGGCAAGAGACGAUCAGAGAGAUGGGUCAAGUCCCUAUCAUGCUCAUGACCAACCGCUGUCAUCUGGAGAACUGCUCUCCUGCCGAGCUGGUACAACACAAGGAAGAAUCUGAAGAGCUUGGAGGUUAUUUUAUUGUCAAUGGCAUUGAAAAACUCAUUCGUAUGCUCAUUGUCUCUCGACGGAAUUAUCCCUUGGCCAUUGUUCGACCCUCGUUCCAAAAUCGUGGUUCGACUUACUCAAAAUACGGUAUUUCAAUUCGAUCCGUCCGUCCUGACCAGACGUCGCAAACAAACGUCGUGCAUUACUUGACCGACGGCAACGCGACUUUCAGAUUUUCCUGGCGCAAGAAUGAAUUCCUUGUCCCGGUUAUGAUGAUCCUCAAGGCUCUGGUGGAGACCAAUGAUAGAGAAAUUUUUGAAGAGAUUGUGGGAUCAGCAGGCUCGGAGGGUGUCGCCGAUACCUUCCUUACCGACCGCGUUGAGCUUCUUUUGCGCACAUACAAGGCCUAUGGAAUUCACAGCAAGGCCAAGACUCGAGCAUAUUUGGGUGAAAAGUUCCGGAUCGUUUUGGGCGUCCCGGACGACAUGUCUGACGAGGAGGUUGGCAACGAGUUCUUGCGUAAAAUCGUUCUUCCUCACCUUGGAUCACACAACGUGACUGAGGAGCAGGACAAGGACAAGUUCAAGAUGCUCCUCUUCAUGGUUCGCAAGCUCUAUGCUCUAGUUGCUGGUACCUGUGCAAUGGACAAUCCUGAUGCAGUCUCCAAUCAAGAGAUUCUAUUGGGUGGCUUUCUGUACGGAAUGAUCCUGAAAGAGAAGCUCGAUGAAUGGCUCUCCUCUAUAAGAUUUGCCGCAAACGAAUGGCUGCAACGUACCCAGAACAACUUCAAUACCCAAGAGUUUUUGAAGGAAUUCCCCUCGAGAAUUCUGAAGCGGACCAACGAAAAUAUUGGUGGAGCAAUGGAGUACUUCCUUUCGACCGGAAACCUAGUCAGUCCCAGCGGUCUUGACUUGCAACAGACCUCUGGUUAUACUGUCGUCGCCGAAAAGAUCAACUUUUACCGCUUCAUCAGCCAUUUCCGUAUGGUCCAUCGUGGUAGUUUUUUCGCACAGCUGAAGACCACUACCGUUCGAAAGCUGCUUCCGGAAAGUUGGGGCUUCCUUUGUCCAGUCCACACUCCUGACGGUAGUCCUUGUGGUUUGCUAAACCAUCUCGCUCACAAAUGCAAGAUUGCCACAAGUAGUGUUGAUGCUUCCGCUCUCCCUGCAUUGGUCUCUCAACUGGGAGUCACCAAUAACUCGUCCGCCUCCGUUGACGAGAACGUAGUUGUUCAGCUUGACGGACGGGUUCUGGGAUUCUGCUCGCCAAAGCAAGCCCGUGUCAUUGCAGACACGCUGCGUCACUGGAAGGUUGAGGGCAAGAACGGCGUUCCUGUCGAGCUCGAAAUCGGAUACAUUCCCAAUUCGCAUGGCGGCCAGUAUCCCGGUGUCUACAUGUUCUCGCAAGCAGCUCGGAUGAUUCGGCCAGUCAAAUACCUGCCCCUUGACCGUGAGGACUAUGUAGGGCCGUUUGAGCAGCCUUUCAUGUCGAUUGCCUGUACGGAUCCCGAAAUCGAGUCUGGCGUAUCGACGCACGUCGAGUAUGAUCCUACCAACAUUUUAUCCAUCAUCGCCAACAUGACACCCUUUUCCGACUUCAACCAGUCGCCCAGAAACAUGUACCAGUGUCAGAUGAGUAAACAAACCAUGGGUACACCAGGCACAUCGCUCCGUUACCGUACAGAUAAUAAGGCCUACCGUCUGCAAACCGGCCAGACGCCUGUUGUGCGUUCGCCGCUCCACAAUGAUUAUGGUCUAGACAACUUCCCUAACGGCAUGAACGCUGUCGUUGCCGUUAUUUCCUACACAGGCUACGAUAUGGACGAUGCCAUGAUUCUGAACAAGUCCGCCCACGAGCGCGGCUUUGGCCACGGUACAAUUUAUAAGACCAAGGUUAUUGCCCUAGAUGAGAACACGCGUACCCGCUCGUCAAAGAACAUUUCCAAGCUCUUUGGAUUUGCGCCCGGCGGCGCUGUCAAGGCUGAAUGGCGCAACCGCCUCGACGAAGACGGCCUUCCGCACAUCGGAAUGAUGGUCAACGAAGGAGAUAUCAUCGCGGCCUCGCACUCUGUCACUUAUGACGGCGCUACCGGUACCUACAUCAACCGUGACGGUGAGACUGAGCUCCACAAGUACAAGGAAUCGGAAACCGCUUUUGUCGAAGAAGUCCGCGUCCUGGGCUCUGAGAAUGGCAAUGAGCCUUGCCAAGCAAUUUCUCUCAAGUUGCGUGUUCCCCGUUCACCUGUCAUUGGAGACAAAUUCUCUUCUCGUCACGGUCAAAAAGGUGUUUGCUCCCAGAAAUGGCCGGCCAUUGACAUGCCAUUCUCCGAAUCCGGCAUGCAGCCCGACGUUAUUAUCAACCCUCACGCUUUCCCAUCUCGCAUGACCAUUGGAAUGUUUGUCGAGUCACUCGCCGGUAAAGCUGGUGCGCUACACGGUCUUGCGCAAGACUGUACGCCUUUCCGCUUCGACGAAGCCAAUACGGCAGGCAACUACUUUGGCGAGCAGCUUCGCAAGGCAGGCUAUAACUACUACGGCAACGAGCCCAUGUAUUCCGGUAUCACGGGAGAGGAGCUUCACGCAGACAUUUAUCUUGGUGUCGUCUACUACCAGCGUCUCCGUCACAUGGUGAACGACAAGUUCCAGGUCCGUACUACAGGACCUGUCACUGCCCUGACUGGUCAACCGAUCAAGGGUCGUAAGAAGGGUGGUGGUAUUCGUGUUGGAGAAAUGGAACGUGAUUCUCUACUCGCCCACGGAACCGCCUUCCUUCUGCAAGAUCGUCUUCUCAAUUGCUCAGACUACACCAAGGCUUGGAUCUGCAAGACUUGCGGGUCAUUCCUGGCGACUACUCCGACAGUUGCAGAAGCUGGACCGAAACGCAAAGCCACGAGUGCUGUUCGCUGUCGCCGUUGUGCUCACCAUGCACAAGGUUACGAGUCGAAGAGCGAAGUCUGGGAGGAUGGAUCUGGCAUUCGAUGGACAGGCGGCGAGAAUACAACGCUCGUUGCUGUCCCUGGUGUUCUGAGAUAUCUCGAUGUCGAGCUUGCCGCCAUGGGAAUCAAGAUGAAGUUUGACGUUGGUCCUUAG